GCGGGAAAUAGGACAAGUUCAAGCAACUGAUCAUUACAUUUCGGUUAUUAUUUCGAUAAAUCCAUCCUUUAUAGGUGCGCCCAAAAGCACAAUAAAGAUAGUGACACUAGGUUCGAUUGUGUAAUUUCGUGCUAUUGACAACAUUCGUUUCGUCACUGGGCCCGCCCCAGUUUCGUCGAAACAUUUUCAGCUGAGUCACAAGGUCUAUUCAACAAGGUGACGGUAACUAGUUGCCAUGGAAACUGACACUGAUGAGCUAGAGGAUGAGGAGGCUGGUGACUGGCUUGACACCAGGUGGUCUGCACCAGUUGAUCCGUUUUCAGUGCCACACGGAAUUGCAGCAUGUCAGGAAGCUCUUUGCCAUCCAUCAUCAUCUCGGCCUGCACCAAGUGCACAGCAGCAGGACACAGCAGGUGUGCCCCCAGUUGUGUCAGGUGUUCAGGGUGGUGGGCAGAUGCUGACGAGGAUGCUGCUGAAUGACAACAAGGCUGGCAUGGAUGGACUGGACAAGGAGAAAAUCAACCAGAUCAUUUAUCAGGCCAGCAAAGGUUCCAAAUAUUUUGAGAAUGAAAAGAAGAAGGAGGAGCAGGUUCAACAGAGGAUCGAGGAACAGAGAGUGAAGCAGUCAAAGAUAACCGAGAGCCAGCUGAAGCAGGGACUGGAAGAGGCAAAUCGGCUGUUGGAGGAGCUGGAGAUGUCACGUGAUCUGAGUCACAUCAUCGUCCACAUCGACAUGGAUGCCUACUAUGCAGCAGUGGAGAUGAGAGACGACCCCUCUCUCAGAGACAAGCCUAUGGCUGUUGGAGGGAGCUCAAUGCUGUCCACCUCAAACUACGAGGCCCGCAAGUAUGGAGUGAGAGCAGCCAUGCCCGGGUUCAUUGCCAAGAAGCUGUGUCCACACCUCGUCCUGGUCAAGCCCAACUUUGACAAGUACACAGCUGUCAGCAAACAGGUGAGGGAGAUCCUAGCUGAUUAUGAUCCCAACUUUUCUCCUAUGAGCCUUGAUGAAGCUUACCUUGAUAUCACAGAACAUUUGAAACGGAGAGCAAACUUCACCGACUUGGAGCGAUCCUACCUGGUCAGAUCAUGUGAUGAAGUGGGGUCUGCCUGGUGUGGAUGUGACCUGAAUGAAACCUUAAGGGACAGAGUUGUAGGGGUCUCCCAGCCCAAACAAGUUGACCAUGAUGGUGAUAAGCAGGUGCAAGAUGACCAGUCAAACAAGCACCUGCUAGGUGACCAGUCAAACAAGCACCUGCAAGGUGACCAUUCAAACAAGCACCUGCAAAGUGACCAGUCAAACAAGCACCUGCAAAGUGACCAGUCAAACAAGCACCUGCAAGGUGACCAGUCAAACAAGCACCUGCAAGGUGACCAGUCAAACAAGCACUUACAGGGUGAUGAUACUGAUGGUGAAGACAGGUGUCUGAUGUGUGGCAAGGUGUUGCCCCAAUAUGGUGUCGAGGUGUUCGGCCGGACUGUGGAGGAAGCAGUGAAGGAGAUGAGGUGUCGCAUCCAGCAGAGGACUCGCCUCACAGCAAGUGCAGGUAUCGCACCUAACACUAUGCUGGCCAAGGUGUGCUCUGACCGGAACAAACCUAACGGUCAAUUCCGCAUCCUCCCCAACAGACAGGAAGUGAUGGACUUCAUCAGAGCUCUGCCCAUCAGGAAGAUAUCUGGAAUUGGUAAAGUGUCCGAGACGAUGCUACGAUCACUGGGUGUGGUCAACUGCCAGGAUCUGUUUGAGAAGCGCGGCCUCCUGUUCCACCUGUACUCCACUGUGGCCUUCAACCACUUCAUGCACAUCUGCCUCGCCAUUGGCGCCACCACUGUAGAGAGAGACAGUGAGCGGAAGAGCAUAAGUACAGAAAGGACCUUCAAUGAACUGAGUCGGCCUGGUGACCUGUACAAGAAGUGUUCUGAGCUGUGUGCUGCCCUGGUGGAGGACCUGGGGCAGCAGGAAGUCAGGGGUAAGACCGUGAGCAUUAAGAUCAAGACGGUGAAGUUCGAGGUGAAGACCCGGGCUCACAGUCUGCCAAACCACACAGCCGAGUACCAGGACAUCUUCACCGCAGCCAGGGAGCUGCUUAGGGUGGAGAUUCAGGCCGUUCAGCCCCAGGCUCUCCGGCUCCGGCUCAUGGGUGUGAGACUGUCCAACCUCCUCCAUCUCAGUCUGUGCGAGACGAAACGUCAAGACACGAUCACAGGACUCUUCAAGAAGAUGGCAGCAAGGAGCCCACAGAAGACUCUGACAUCGGGUUCUGUCCGCCAUCUUGACUCUAGACAAAUGGACCUUCCUCAACUGCCCGUUUAUUUCAGCGAUGUGUGUGAUGAUACUGGGGACCAGGCCUCUGACGCACAGAGUAAAGAUGGUGCAACCAUUGCAGGAACUGACGCUACAAACAUUGAGACAGAUUGUCUUGAAACAAAAGGUGUCUCUGAGCUUGCUGCAGUAACAGGAAGUCCUAAACCUGUUAAAGGACGUUCUAGAAAUACCAGAAAGAAAACAAAGUCUAAAACACACCCAAGGUUAGUCGCACUGGUAGAUCUGGCUGUGACAGACAUCGGCAGGAAAACGUCCUUGGCUGAAGUGAACAAUAAUACAUUCAGUGAUGCCCAGAGUCAUGACUCUGAUCCACAAGGACCUGGGAGAGGGAAAGCAUCAGGACAGAAGGGCAAGAGGAAAAGACAAACUGAUCUGGACAUCCACAAGGGUCCAGCUGAACAGAGCGGAGAAUCUUCCGGGUAUGAGAGUGCCAGACAGGCAGAGCACUGGCCACCUACAGGACUUCAGCCAGUCUGUGUGGACGUGGUGGAACAUGAUAAGAGUCCCCAGGGAGGUUCUUGUGAUGUUCCAUCGCUUGCUGGAUCUAACAGAAGUGAUCCAUCUGCUGGAAGUUCGUGUGAGGAUAUUCAGAAUCUGAAGGUUUUCCAGUGUCCAGUAUGUCAGCAAGUGGUUGAGUGUAGGAACCUUAAUUACUUCAACGAUCAUGUUGACAUCUGCCUCUUCAGACAAAUCUCAUCUCAAGAACAGGACCAUCAUGAGAAUGUUGUCACUGCAACGGAGGUUGAUCAUGAUAAGGAUGAUGAUGAGGAGGACCUAGUUGAUGUAGCCAGAUCGUCAGAGAGGGAUCACAUGUCAACAAAACAUGUAAUUCAAAGUGUUCCAGAAAUUGAAACAAACAGUAAUGAUUAUGCAAAGGUAGUUGAUUCUUCCGAGUCUCCUCAGCAAGAUAAUUCCAAAACCACAGCAACUGCUGGUAGGAUUUCAACCCACCCGGGAGAUAAGUCUGCUGUCUGGCAGCACUCCACACUGAUUGAUGGGACUGACCCAGGUGGCUCCUGUGUACCAACUGAUGGGGCUGAUCCUGAAACUGACCAAGGUGAGCUGAAUGCUUUACAGUAUUCUGGUGCUGAUUCAGUAGCUGCCGGCCAGAUUGCUAGUGAGCUGCAGGCUGAGUUCUAUGCCUGUCCUAUCUGUAAUGUGGAGAAGAUUGGUUGUAGUCUGGAGGACUUCAAUGAACAUGUGGACUCCUGUUUGAGCAGACGGGCAAUCAAGCAGAUCCUGGAGGAACAGAAGAUGCAUGACUCUCCAACAGGAAAGAGAUCAUUGUCGUCCUCCUCUUCCAUCGGUCCAUCGCAGACUCCACCAGCGAAGAAGAGGCGGUCUACCUGUGGGAAGAUGAAAACCAUUGACUCCUUCUUCAAGCCUUGAACACAUCUCCUGAGGCCAUGAAUAACCACCAACUAUUUCAAACCUUGGAGGGGGUCACUGGUGGCCCACGGGGCCCUGGUGGCCAAAGUGUCUAAGGCACUGCUAAUUGUCUUGCAGAGUUGCAUACCUUAGUUUGCCAGGAUCUGAUAGUCACGUGUUGAAAUCCAUUCUGAUGAUUAUCUUGGUUUGUCAACCUGACACACCAUGCAAUAGCUUAGCAAAAUGCUCAAAGCGCUGUUAACACCGACCUGCUCACUUAAAUGUGCCAGACUUAAACUUCAUGUAAAUGGAGAUUAAUGUUGAUUCUUUAUUAAUUGUUUUCUGUGGAUAUAUUUUUCUUUUAUAUGCCUACAAAAUAAUUGUAAUGACUGUCUUUCAACACAUGGAUGAAGAAUGUUUGAAUAAACAUUUA